ACCUGCACACCUGCAGCCUUCCACUGAACGCUAUUCGAGAACACGACUAACACCGCCAAAAUGUCCUCCGAAUCGCGCCUCUACACCAUCUCGACCGAGACCAAAGACAAACUACGCAAAUUCCGCCUAGGGACAUCUCGUGCCAAAGAUCCUCAAGCAGUCAUAUAAGACCACAUCAACAAAUCCAACAUGGAAAUCUGCCCCGAAGACACCCAAAUCUACACAAACAUGCAAGAACUCGCCGACGAGCUACCCGAUAACACUCCACGAUAUAUCUUGCUGAGUUAUCCCUUGACACUGUCCUCCGGCCGCCUCUCAGUCCCCUACGUCCUGAUAAACUACCUCCCACCAACCUGCAGCGCCGAAAACCGCAUGCUGUACGCCGGAGCGAAAGAGUUGAUUCGUAGUACAUCGGAAGCUGGGAGGUUGAUUGAGAUUGAUUCGGCGGAGGAGUUGGAGGAGAUAGAAGAGGUUUUGAAGGGGGAGGAUUAAGCAGAAAGGAGAUAUGAUGCUAUGAUUGAGGAAUGAUGUGCUCUCAGUGGCAUACAAGGCCAUGUGGAAGAGGGUAUGAAUGGGGUCGCGAACGGCCAGGAUUAGUCGGGCUCGGCGUACGAAUGGAGGAAAUGCAUAACUGAAAGAGUCGACGUCACGCCAUGACUGCGCAGGUCAGUGUGGAUAUGAGCAGGGAGGCAUAGAUGUUCGAAUGAUCGAUGCAGUUGUGA